CCAGAGGAGAACAGAAACCAUAACUGUGGCUGUAGAACCAACUUCUAGGCCCAGUGGUACCCCCAGAGACACCUUCUGCCACCAGUCCCAGGUUAGGAGUGGAUUUCCUGAAGUGUGAGGACGCAGUGCAUAGCUCUGCACAGGACAAGUUAUAAAGAUACGCAGUUACUCAGCACAGCUCAUUGGAACCUAUGAGGUAUGAUGGAGACUGCCAAUCUUUCAGACUCCUUUCUCUCCAGCUUGCUCAUCUUCCUCUUCCUUGAGACUUACACGUUGGCAUCAGAGCAGUUCUCAGUGAUUGGACCUAAAGAACCCAUCCAGGCCCAGGUAGGGGGAGAAGCAGCCCUACCAUGUCACCUUUCUCCCCAGGAGAGUGCUCAGCACAUGAAAGUAAUUUGGUCUCGAUCACUACAAAUUGUGCACCACUAUGAAGAUGGGGAGGAUAAGUUUAAAGAUCAAAGUCCUGAUUACCAAGGGAGGACAGAGCUGGUGAGAAAUGGCAUCACUAGUGGAAAUAUUACCCUGAGGAUAUGGAACAUUAGAGCCCCAGAUGAAGGAUGGUAUAAAUGUCAUUUUUACAAUGGUUCUCAUCGAGAAGAAGCUGAUGUGGAGUUAUGUGUCUCAGGUGAGGGAGCCGAGCAAGAGGUGAAACCUUGGUUGGCCAUCUUUGCUGAGAUCAUUAUUGCAGAGAGAGUUCUGUCAUUUGUCUUUUCUGUGGUUUUCAUCCUACGAGACAGAGAAAACAUUGUCCAAAUCCUUCCCUGGCCAUGGGAGGCAAAUGGGAUCCUGGCUGUGAGGUCAGCAUUUGAAAUUGGCCUCACUAUUUGUCAUCUGUGGAUGUUGCACACAUGUGGAGGACUUGUUUACAGAGAGAAGUUUGACUGGAUGGACCAGCUCCUUUGGAUAAUCUUCCUGGUCUAUGUUAAUCUCUCCGUCAUUAAACUUGGGAUUGGACUAUAUGUCAUCUGCCCUUUUCAGAAUGUAUGACCACUCCUUCCUGUUCCUGGGCCACUGAAAAGGUGGAUGAGGCAUAUGCUGCAGAAUCAUAAAUGUGCUGACUUUACCACUGAAGUGUGACUCUGAUGGGCACUCAAAGCACUUUUUCCUGAUUAGCCCUCUGCUUUGGGUCACAAGAGGAAUCCUUGAGUUACAGAAGAGAUUCUUUAUCAUCCUUACUCAUCUCCUGUGGAGAGUGAACCUGAGGAAGUUUGCCCUCCAGUGUGUGUCCAUGCCUCAAGUCUCUUCCCACUCAAAUCUGUCUUCAUGCAGCUUUGAAAAUGUUCUUCCUAAAAUUCAGUGGCCAAUGACAUUGGCCUUCUGGCUGUUUGUCACAAAAAAUACUCUCUCUCCCAACUCUCUUGGUCUCCCAUACCUGGAGUGAUCCACCUCCUCACCUCCAUGUCCCAGCUUCCCUGACUUUCUUCCAGCCACAGCCCAAAAUUCACUUUCUGUCAUUCCUGGUCCUUCCACCCAUCACCCAACUCCUAAUGUUUUCCCUCUGAGAUUACCCUGUACAUAUCUUGUAUGUUGUCUCCCCCAUUAAAAUGUGAGCUCCUUGA